AUGCCGCCUCCCCCCACGCCGCCGACGCGCACGCCCGCGACCGCUCGUCGCGUCGCGGACGAGACGAACGGCCACGGCGUCGUCGUCAGCGCGUCGGAGCUCCUCUGCCGCGCGGGCGACCGCGCCUUCUUCGGCUGGGGCGAACCGCGAUCGCGCGAGAAAGCGCUAAACCUGUACGCGCGCGCGGCGUCCGACGCGUCGUCGCCGUGCGCGUCCGCGAUGCGACGGUUAGGGCGGUGCUACGAGGAGGGCGCCGGCGUCGCGCCCGACCCGGACGCGGCGGCGUCCUGGAACGAGGCCGCCGCGGCGCUGGGCGAUCCCGACGCGACGUGCGCGACCGCGCGCGUCGUCGAGCGCGCGGGGGAUCUGCGAGGCGCGGGCGAGAGGUACCAAUUCGCGGCGGACGAGGGACACGCGGGCGCGGCUUUCGAGCUCGGACGGAUGUACGCGAACGGGCUAGGCGUCCGGAAAGACGCGGAGGCGGCGGCGUACUGGUACCAGCUCGCGGCGGAGCACGGCGACGCCGCGGCGCAGCGCGCGGUGGGCGUCGCGGGAAUGGAGGCGGCGAAUGAGAACGAGGCGAACGACCCCGCCGCCGCCGCCGCCGCCGCGCGAGAGGCGAUCGAGUGGCUCGAGCGAGCCGCCGCGCAGGGCGACGCGGACGCGCUGAACGACCUCGCGAUCGUCCACGAGGACGGGCACGCGAUCGCCGCGAUCCCGAGGGACGCGGAGAAGGCGAGGGGGCUGUACUCGAGAGCCGCGGAACGAGGGCACCCGCGCGCGAGGAACAACUUAGGGUUCGUGUACAUGGCGUCCGAGGCGUACGCGGACGCGGCGGUUCACUUCCGAAUCGCCGCGAACGAGGGCGACGCGGACGCGAUGAACAACCUCGGGAAUCUCGUCGAGAACGGGUUGGGGGUUCCCAAGGAUUUGAGGGAGGCGCGGUGGAUGUACGAGCGAGCCGCCGCGGCGGGCGUGGACAAGGCGAGAGAGGCGGCGGCGCGCGUCUCGGAGACGAUCAGGUCGGAGGACGCGGAGGAGAUGACCAGGGCGCGCGAUUCCGCGCUCGCGUCGCAGACGAGCGACGCCAACGCGCCGGGCGCGAGCGAAGUCUCCAAGCUCAACGCGCUCGUCGGGUCGUUCCAGACGAUGGUCGUCGCGAAGGACACGGAGAUUUACGACGCGAGGCGCGAGACGUCGCGGAAAGACGCGGAAGCCGCGCGCAUCGCGAAGGAACUCGGCGCGGCGAAGGCGGAGUGCGCGAGGCUGAAGGCGUCGCUCGCGGCGUACGAGAAAUCAUCCAAAGCGCCGUCGCCGUUAGGGUUAGGGCCGUCGUCGGCGUCGGGGCCCGGGCCGCCGAUCGUCGCCGCGACGGCGGUGCGGUCCGAGCACACCGCGCCGGGCGGGCUCUCGUCGCGUCCGCGGUUCGAGCGGAGCUCGAGCUUGCGGUCGGACCGCAGCGGCGCGAGCGGCGUCUCCGCCAUCUCGUCGCAAAAGUCAUUGACGUUCAGGUGUGUGCGUCCUACGUGCUGA